GUCGGCGGCCAGCAACUGCAGCGGAGAAGAUGAAAGGACCUGUACAGCCGUCUUGCGACACGCCUGGACCGAGUAUGCAGAGGACAAAGUCGACGGUGUGCAGUGCCAGUGCUAGUGGGAAGGAGCCUACACCGGGAACCGACCCAAGCUUGUUCGAGGGCCGGAGUGAGGCGGAACAUGCCAAACUGCGGUUGAAGAACAAUGGGAUCGGCCAGCAAGGCUGUCGAACAUUUUCUGAAGGUGAUGAAGCCGUGCGCAAUGCGGACCGGGGAGAUAGUUCACACUUUGGUGUCGCUGUCGGCGCGAAGGUCCACGCAAAUGACAAGAACACGAAGUACUUGCUGAAGAAUUACGAAGGAAGCGGUGCUGAAUCAGAAGUGCUUCGGGAGGAUGGUCCUGCCGGAGGAGAAGGCUGCGAUGACCCCCAGAUAGAUGAGCCCCAACCGCCGGUUGUCGCUGGCCGGUCAGUCGCCGACACUGUGAACCUGGCUGCUGCUGCGCUCGACCAGGCGAGGGGAUGGGAUGGUGCAGUGGUGGGUGGACUUAGUGAUGAAGGUCAAAGGGUCGACAUCACGAGUGGUCGCCAGCCACAGACCACUGUACGGCGGUGGGUGGACAACGAGGCGCAGAAAAGAUUGGACAUCGCAUGGGCGGAGGCCAUGUUCAGGGCUGGGAUCGCAUUCAAUUUCCUGAAUAUGGACACGAUGCAGGCGUUACAUGCUGUGUACUUGGAGGUGGCGAGCGUGAGGCCGAAGGUGAAGCUCCCGUCGUUCAAUCACAUGAGGACUGUCAUGGUGGAUGUCAUCUAUCUGAAGAUCAAGAAAGAGGUGCUUUCGUUGACAACAUGUUGGGACACGUCCGGAUGCACUUUCAUCACUGACGGCUCAACCGGCCGCAGGAAUCGGCCAGUGAUGAACUUCUUGGCGGCCGGUGAGCAGGGGGCGGUCCUUGUGGCGAUAGUGACCAUGACGGGGAGGAAGAAGAAUGCAGCAGCAUUGGCGAGGUUGUGGGAGCAGGUGAUGAGGGAGAUAGGCUUGGAGCGCAUCAACGCCAUCUGCACCGACAACGCGGAGGUGAACAAGAAGGCGGCCCAGAUCCUGGAAAGACGCAAGCACAAGGAUGUGGCCAGGAUUCCUUGGGUUCCUUGCGGGGCACACUGUUGCAGUCUCCUGCUGAAGGACUUGGCCAACCUGUCGUGGAUCAAGGGCACCGUGAAGACUGCGAACACGAUCGUGAAGUUCAUCAGGAAUCAUCAUGCUACCAACGGAAUGAUGAUGUCCAUUGAUGACACGAAGUCCCUGCUUCGUCCCACUGAGGUCCGCUUUGGAUCCGUGUACAUGAUGCUGCAACGCUUGGAGGACAGAGAGGAUGUCUUGACAGAGAUGGUCGACGGGARAGAGGCUGCAAAGUGGAGAUCCUUGAGAUGGUCAGGGGAAAAGUUGCGCAAAAAGGCAGACCUUGUCUACUACACUGUCAGGUCUGAGUCUUGGUGGCCAAAGGUGAAGAAGAUUGUCUCCAUCAUGAAGCCUGUGUACCAGUUGCUGAAGAGGAUGGACGCUGCGCUGGUGCAGAAUGCAAUGAGCUUUUUGUUGAGGCAGAUCGGGGGCAAGUGGAACAGCAAGGCACAUUCAGACAUCUGGGCGGAUCUGAAGGAGUUCCACAAGGAGCCCGCGAGGCAAGCGCCCACUAACUUGGAGCCCGGGAAAGCCCCCAAGAAGCGCAAGGACGAGCACAUGUGGAAAAGGGUUGCGAAGGACGAUGCUUCAAGGUUGGCCCCGACGGACUGGUGGGCAGCACACGGCAGGGACGGUCCAGACCUUCAGAAAAUUGCAGUGAAGGUCAUGGGCAUGUGGAGCACUGCCACCCCUGCCGAGCGCAACUGGGCGUCCUUGGACUUAGUCCACUCCAAGAGACGGAACAGCCUGUCCCCGGAGUCCCUCGAGAAGUUAGUCUACAUUCAUUGGAACAUGCAGUUGCUGUGUGCUCGAAGCCACAAAGACAGCGGGUAUGUUGAUGUGUGGGGUUCCUUCUUUGAGCCGUUGAUGGAGCCAAAGAAGAAUGAUGGAUCCCUGUUGCCGGCGACUGUUGAGGAUGCCGCAGAGAAAGAAGAGGAGAAGAGGAGGCAAAGGAAUAUGGCGAAGGCUCCAAGAGGGAGAAUUCCCAAGGACCUUUUUCAAUCAGACUCUGACUCCAGUGGCAGCAGCGACCUUGAGGACCUCGUGUGGAAGGGCAAGUGUUGGAACGAGUCCUCAUCGGAGGACUGCAGCGAGGAGGAGGGAGGGGACUCUGACUUCGAGCUUCAUGAGGCUCCAACUGUCCCGGCGACCACAUACGUCGGCAGGAGAACGCGGCAACGCGAGAGAGAGUUUGAGGUGGAGUCGAUGCCUGUUGUCGAUAGGGUGGACACCGAUGUCGAGUUUCUGUUGCAACCCCACGACGGUCCGGACGAGGAGGAGGCCGCACAUGCGAAGGCAAUGGCAGACCGGGAUGCUGAACUUGUGGAGCAGCGAAUGCGUGCAGAGGAGGCCCGUCGUGCUGCACUCCCUACUCGCAAGGAGAGGGAGAGAAACACUGCGCAACAAAACAAUCACACCGAUGACCCGGCGAACGAGGUGGACAUGGAGGACGGGGAGAACAUUGCAACGCACACAGAAGAGAAUGUGGCACAACAGCGUGGGGAGGAAGGACAACCGGCGGACGAAUCACGAGCGCAGCAGGGGAUGGGGGUUACUGAGCCAGCGAUGGAGAGGACCCGGCAACAGCAGGAGGAGGCUUCGGAGGCAGGGAAAGCGCAGCCAGUGCGGGGUUUGGUGUACGUGCGCAGGCCCCGCCCACAUCAGGACCAGGAAACGGGCGAGGAGGAACAAAAAACCAGCGAGCAGGCCGCAAUGAGUGACCACCUGGAGGACCGCCCGGAGCAGCAGCAGGCUGCAGAGGAAAUGGGCACACCCCCGUUCCCUGCACAGAACGAGGCUGUGCAGCAUGACAACCUGUGGAAGAGCAGAGCAGGCAGGAAGCGGAAGGUCCACUCUAAGAGACCACAAACCCGCUACAGUAGGCAGGUGUUCAUCCUCAACCCAAGUGGAGAGGAGGAUAGGAACAGCAUGAUUUAGCCCAGGCUUUGCUGUGUUUAUAUGCUUCUCAGACAUCCCUAUUCUGUGGGGAAAAAGUUAUGGGUUGAGGUUUCUGCUCGUUAAAUCAGAGCAGCAGUCCGAGGUGCAAGCCCAAGAAUGAACCUUGCUCCACUAC